CCUUCAAGUGCACAGCAACCUACAUCAGUGGACGAUAUCCUUGAAGCGCGUUACCUUUUAUCUUGUGUUGGGGACAAAUGAAGCUGACUGAUUCUACUAUCAGAACUUUUAAACCUGUGAAAUAUUUUAAGGAGAAUUCAGACCGUAUCAAUUCCCUCAGUUAUUCCAGUAAUGGUGAGACGCUUAUUUCUAGCAGUGAUGAUGAUCAGAUGGUGACUUACGAUUGUUCUAGCGGAACACCUAAACGUACGCUUAACAGCAAAAAAUAUGGAGUAAACUUGAUACAAUUCACUCACAGUCCGACGACUGCAAUUCACGCUUCAACAAAGAUUGAUGAUACAAUACGUUACCUUUCUUUGCAUGAUAACAAGUACAUCAGGUACUUCCAGAGUCACACUAAAAGGGUCGUUUCGUUGUGUAUGUCACCUAUUGAUGACACGUUCCUGUCUGGUUCAAUGGAUAGUACUAUUCGUUUGUGGGAUUUGAGGUCACCUAACUGCCAUGGUGUAAUGCAUGUUUCUGGUCGACCAACAGCGGCUUUUGAUCCAGAAGGAUUAAUAUUUGCAGCGGGGAUUAAUUCCGAAUCUGUUAAGCUCUAUGACCUACGAUCAUUCGAUAAGGGACCGUUUGCUACGUUCAAAUUGGGCAUGGAAACAAGUGGAUGCAUUUGGACCGGUUUACAAUUUUCCUCUGAUGGAAAGGCUCUUUUAAUAACGACCAACGGAACUCAUAUUCGUCUAGUUGACGCAUUUAAGGGAUCUCAUCUGCAUACAUUAGCCGUUAUACCAAAUACUGAUAGACAAACGCUACAUGCCAGUUUCACACCAGAUAGUCAGUUUGUUUUAAUUGGUUCGCCAGACGGAGUUGUACAUAUUUGGUCUGUUGAAACUGGAGUACGUGUGGCAAGCCUACCAGGUUAUGAAGCUGCUACCCAGUUACCAAACGCUGCUAUUCAUAGUCUCGCUUUUAAUCCCCGGUUCGCAAUGCUAGCUACAGGAUCUAACCAAACGUCGUUCUGGCUUCCUGCUCUUGAAGAGUAAAAAUGAGUUAUCUGUGAUGUCAUAACUUUCUUAUUCUUCUUCACUUUUGUAAAUAUGUUACUCUUAACUAGCAAACUUCAAAUUGCUAACCAUUGUUACGUUUUUGAAAAAAUACAUUUUCAAUUUAUGUGAUAUUAUUAGUGAUGCUAAACCAUCAAAUAAUAUGAAAUAAAAUUACAUAACAAAAUGCAAUCAGCU